GUCACAUUCUGUAAGCAAACAGGAAACGCCACUGCGGCAGAAACUAUCUCUUUAGAGCUUCUCACAAAUGGUGGUGACUACAGUACUUCACUCAACCUUAGGUCUUUGUGCCGUCUCAUCUACAUCAAACCUACUACGACAACGGACCUUAGCCGUGCAGCAUCGUCUCACUUCGGUCAAAUCCGUAAUAUCUACGACUCUGCCUUCUAGUGGUAUUCGGCGGAGACAUAAGGAUAAGGAUGAAGAUGGAGCCACGGUGGCGGCGAAGGUGGUCAAGAACCCGUAUUCGGAAGUGGAGGCGGCGAGUCCUGAUUUGAGGAAGAGCUUGUCGGAUUUUUUGGAGGAAGCCAGAGAUUUCUUGGAUGAUGGAGGAGGUCCACCUCGGUGGUUCUCUCCGUUGGAGUGUGGCGCUCAAGCUCAAGGCUCUCCUCUCCUCCUCUUUUUACCUGGGAUCGAUGGGACUGGACUAGGGCUCAUUCGCCAUCACAAGAAACUUGGAGAGGUUUUUGAUAUAUGGUGCCUUCACAUUCCAGUCAGCGAUCGUACUCCUGCUAAAGAGCUGGUGAAGCUUAUUGAGAAGACUGUUAAGUCCGAGUACUCUCGGUUCCCAAAUAGACCAAUAUAUUUAGUUGGAGAAUCUAUUGGAGCAUGCUUUGCUUUAGAUGUUGCAGCCAGGAAUCCAAAUAUUGAUUUUUCUUUGAUCUUGGUUAAUCCAGCCACACAUGUAAACAACUUCAUAUCGCAACCUCUAUCAGGAAUUUUGAAUGUUUUACCAGAUGGUAUUCCAACACUCUUAGAAGAUAUCUUCGGUGUUCAGCAAGGCGAUCCGCUGACUGGAAUGUUGGACGCUUUGUCAAAUGAACUGUCCGUGCAGCGAAUGGGAGGAUUGGGUGGAGGAAUGCUAAGAGAUAUCCUUUCUAUUUCAACUAAUUUUCCUACGCUUAGUAGGAUGUUACCUAAGGACACAUUGUUAUGGAAGCUGGAAAUGCUUAAGUCUGCUAUUGCUUCAGUGAAUUCUCACAUUUACUCGGUCAGAGCGGAAACACUUAUACUUCUGAGUAAACGCGACCAAUGGUUGCUGAACGAGGAAGACAUUGACCGAUACUCGCGAACGUUGCCAAAAUGUAUAGUCCGCAAGCUUGAUGACAAUGGACAGUUUCCACUUUUGGAGGACGGUGUAGAUCUGGCUACGAUCAUCAAGUGUACUUGUUUUUAUCGUCGUGGGAAGUCUCAUGAUCACAUUAGGGAUUACAUUAUGCCUACCAUAUAUGAGUUAAAACAACAAAUAGACGAUCAUCGAUUGCUAAUGGAUGGUACUUCCCCUGUAAUGCUGUCAACUCUAGAAGACGGCACAAUUGUAAGGAGCUUCGAAGGAUUACCUUCAGAGGGACCUGUUCUGUACGUUGGCUAUCACAUGCUAUUAGGAUUUGAGUUAGCUCCAUUGGUACUUCAACUCAUGAAAGAGAGGAACAUCCACCUGCGGGGUUUGGCACAUCCGCUGAUAUUUAAGAAUCUCAAAGACUCGCUAGUCAACGCGAAGAUGUUAGACAAAUAUAAGAUAAUGGGUGCAGUUCCUGUCUCCAAUAUGAAUUUCUACAAACUACUGCGUGAAAAGGCUCAUGUGCUUUUGUAUCCUGGAGGUCUCCGUGAAGCUUUUCAUAGAAAGGGUGAAGAAUACAAGCUGUUUUGGCCAGAACGAUCCGAGUUUGUGAGAGUUGCAUCUAAAUUUGGAGCCAAAAUUGUUCCUUUUGGUGUUCUUGGAGAAGACGACAUCUGCGAACUUGUACUGGAUUCCAAUGAUCAAAGGAACAUGCCUUAUUUGAAGGAUCUAGUGGAAAAGGCAACAAAGGACUCUGGCAAUAUAAGGGAAGGCGACGAGACCGAAUUGGGAAACCAAGAUGUCUAUAUCCCAGGACUUGUACCUAAGAUUCCAGGGAGAUUCUACUAUUACUUUGGGAAACCAAUAGACUUAGCAGGUAAGGAGAAAGAGCUGAAAGACAAAGAAAAGGCACAAGAGCUUUACUUGCAAGUAAAGUCUGAGGUCGAACAAUGCAUUGCCUAUUUAAAAAGGAAAAGAGAGAGUGAUCCUUAUAGACACUUGUUGCCAAGGAUGUUGUAUCAAGCCUCACAUGGUUUGUCUUCUGAUAUCCCAACGUUUGAUCUCUAAAAUCUCCCUACUGUGGCUAUAUAUAUGUUGUACACAUCGAAUCAUAUGAUGUUCAGAGGUUCUACGAUCUUUACUUGUUCAUGGAAAACAUAAGGACAAGAUUAUUUAAUUGAAUGUCAUUUAUCAGAUUUCAAGUUGUAA